CGCAAGUUAAACGUUAAACGUCAGGGGUUAGCUCACCGACUCGGUGCUUUUUUUUUUAACAAACUAGAGUGUAUGCGGGUAAAUAGAUGUAACAUAGUGUGCUCUGUGAUAACGUAAUGUCCGUUGUAUCGCUACAGCUCGGUAAAGUGCCGUGCGAGUGUCCGCUCGCCGCUUGUUGUUAGGUUCAUGUUUUCGUGGGCUAGCUUAAUGAGCUAACUGGCGCUGUUGUUGUGAGUGGUAACCUAGCAGCCAGAGCGUCACACCGCGGAAAGCUCAGGGUGGCCGCUCACUGUCACCUUUACUUAGCUGUAUACGGCACGUAUGACUGUCUUACUGUGACAGGCAUUUGUUUUGAACGUUCAACUUGUUGCUUCGUCUGCGUCCGUUUGCAGUUUGAGCAGCAACGCGUAGCUACGUCAUUAUAAAUGUAGUCAGCUAAACUAAUGUGAUGCUUACUUUCAGGAGCACUCAGUCAUGUCAAGCUUCUUAACUACAAUGACCCAGCAAACCAGCUAACACCGACACUGUGAAGCUCAUUGCCGCUUCACCGUGUGUCCAGUUCCUUGGUUAAGUCUUUCCAAACACUUUUGCCAACAUGUCUGCUGCCUUUGAGUGGGAUAAAGCUAUGGGAAUUGACCCAAUGAACCUCCGAAACUGUGUUAAAGACCAAAUAGACGACGUCUUCAACAUGUUAAUUUCGACAGAAGAAUGGGAGGUGGAGAACAAAUCUCCGAAGAACAUAAAUCAAGUCCUCCGACUGUUUCAGGCCAUAUUGCAGAUUAAGGAACGGGAACUUAUUCUUUCCAACAACUUCCUUGAGAAAACUGGUGAAAAACAGGCAAAAGUCGAAAAAGAACUCCACGCCAAGAUGGCAAGGCUGGAACAAGAGUGCAAGCAGUCCGGCACAGGGCCAGAUAGUCGCUUUCUGAGGGAUGAGAUCCGGUACUUCGAGACCCAGCUGGAGCAGAGGGAGAAGGAAUUAACCCAUUUAAAGAAGGAAAUGGGCAAAGAAAAGAAAACCAACAUGGAGUUGUUUGAGCAAGUACACAAGGCGGAGGAGGAGGUGAAGAAUCUGAAAAAAGAGAUACAAAAACUUAAGAACGAGAAUGAGCAACUAAAGCAAGAUCUGCAAUUCUAUUACGGAGAGCUGGAGCAGAAUAAGCCGGCCGCAUCUAGAGAUGAGAAUGCUGAGACCCAGAGGAAGCUCAACUUGGUCAACCGCCAGCUCUACCAGUGCUUGGAAGACCUUCAGCGAGUCGAGGAUGAAAACUUACACCUGAAGACACAGAAUGAGCACAUGCAGGAAAGUCUGGAGGAGUCAGUGAAAGAGAUGGAGAAGAUGACGGACGAGUACAACAAGAUGAAGAUUGUAGUACAGCAGACUGACUCCAUUAUGGACCAGCUCAGGAAAGAGAGGGAUCACGCAAAACUACAAGUCAGAGAGUUAACAGAUAAGAUUCAUAGCAUGACUGAAGAGGAUGAUCCAAUCAUGGCAGCAGUCAAUGCCAAAGUGGAAGAGUGGAAGAGAGUGCUCUCUGGGAAGGACGAUGAAAUUUUGGUGUACCAGCAGAUGAUUCGUGACCUGAGGGAAAAGCUGCGUUCAGCCCAGUUGGACUUGGACAAGAGCAACAUUAUUGCUUUGCAGCAGGCCGUCCAGGAAAGAGAUAAUCAAAUCAAGAUGCUGAGUGAGCAGGUGGAGCAGUAUACAGGGGAAAUGGAGAAGCACACCAUGCUCAUUGAAGACCUAAAGACGACCACGAAGAAAGACAGAGGCCUACCAUCAAUUGUACAGCAGAGAAAGAUGGAAGAACUGAAGUCCAAGCUGGAAGCUGCAGAGAACAGAGCAAAGGAAGCAGAAGAGGUGGUAAAGCUUGCUGAAGCUCAUGCUGAGGAAAAAGACAAGGCACUCAUUGAGGCUUCAAACCGCUUGAGCCAGUACGAGUCUGGCACUUAUGGCCUGAAAGAAGCCAUCCUGGAGAUCAAAGAGUGUAAAAAUCAAAUUAGAGUGAGAGACUGUGAGGCAGAGGCCAUGACCAAAGAGAUCAACCAGCUUGAGAUGAGAAUCAAUGACCUCAUGGACGAAAAUGAGGAUUUCCGAGAAAAACUAGGUCUGGAACCAAAGCAGGAAGUGGAUCUGACAGAGUUCAGGCGAACCAAAGAUCUGAGACAACGGCAGUACAAAGCAGAAAACCAAGUCCUCACCAAAGAGAUCGAACGUCUUGAAGAAGAGCGACUGGAGCUUAAGAAACAAAUCAGACGCAUGGUGAAGGAAAGAGGGAUUCCACAGUCAAGCUUGCUUUUGGAUGAGGAUGCUGGGCUCAGCAGGACCAGACAGCUGACAUUUGAACAAAGCAGCACUUCCACCAAUGAAGAGAUUCAACGCAAAAAUGAAUACCUGGAAAAAGAACUGAACAAAAAAAAGAGAGAGCUUGAACUUCACAAGACCCAGUUUCAAGUCAAAUUGGAGGAGCUGUCAAAAGUGAAAAGAGACCUGGAGGCUGCACUGAAAGACGUCCUUCAAGCCAUGAGGAUGAAUCAAGAGAGCACGCCUUCUAACACUGUCAUCAAUAUACCCAGACUGGAAAGACUGGCUCAUACUUUAGAUUUCAACAUGAGUGAGCAGUCUGAGUCAUCACUGCCCCUCAAGUCUCAAAUACAUCAGUUGGUGGGGAGAAAUGAAGAACUAAGGCAGGAGUUGAAAUUGGCCCGGGAGGAAGCAACCAGCAGCUUCAGUCAGCUUGCCAGAGCCAAAGAAAAGGUGAACCAAAUGGAAAGUGAAUUGGAACUGCUCAGGAAGUCGGGCAGCAGUGGAGCUAUCGUCCGUCCGCUGACCCUGCCCGAGGGCCUGGGGCCCAGCAGCACUGAGGUUAUCAGUUCACUCAAUGAAUAUGCUGUUCGACUUCUACAGGAGCUGAAAAACAAAGAGGAAAAAAGCAAGAAACUCGUAGGAAUGGUGGAGGAGUACAAAGAGAAGUUUUCUGUUAUUAGCCACCAACAGGGACUCCUCUAUAAAGAAUACCUAAGUGAGAAAGAAGAGUGGCAAAAGAAGAAAGAGUCAUUUAAAGAGAUGAAGGACAAACUGGAGGAGCAAAACCAGACGGACGCUGUUAAAAUCCAAGAGUUCAAAGAGCUGCUUGACAACCUUGAGAAGGACCCAGACGAGAUCAGGAGACAGCUGAGUGAAGCUUGGCGCAAGAUGACGCUACUGAAGGUUAAUGAGAAGAAACUCACACGGCGCUACGUCACUCUGCUGGAGCAAGAACAACACCUCCGCAAGGAGAACAGCAAGCUGAGGGACGAGAGCAUCGAAAUGGAGGCCUCUGUCACCCAGAGGAUAGGCUACCUCCAGAGAUACAAGGAAAUGGCUGGAUACAAGAUAGCAGCACUGCAGAAGGCCUUGGAUGAUAGUGUCCCCUCAUCAGACCUGGAGAAGGCUAACAGACAGUACACAGAGCUAACAGUCAAGUAUAGAGAUAUGCUACAGAGGGACGGCUGUCUCAUACAGAGAACCACCAACCUGGAACACUUAGAGAGUGAGAAUGAGUCACUUCGGCAUCAAAUCUCUGCCAUGACUAAAGAACUGGAGAUCACAAAAGAGAAACUGAAUACUUUAGAACAAGCAUGGGGCAACAUCAGUGCAACUGGAGGUGAAAGUGGCAUGGAUAAGGCAGACAAGGCAUUGGUCAACAAUGAGAUGGUAUCAGCUGCUAGGCGGAUCACCACGCUCGAGAUGAAGGAGCUGAACGAGAGGCAGAGAGCUGAGCACGCCCACAAAAUGUACGAACAAAUCAGGAACUCCCUCAAGCAGGUGGAAGAACGGAACUUUGACCUGGAGUCCAAGUUUGCAGAGUUGACCAAGAUGAAUGUGGAGGCCCAGCGGGUGGAGCGGGAGCUCAGGGAUGAGCUGGCAGACAGUAUCAGCAAAGCUAUGAGUGAUGCUGACAGAGCCAGGAUCGUGGAACUGGAGAAGGCGGAGGCUGAGCUUCGCAUCGAGGUUUCUAGGCUUCAAGAGGUGUCUGACGUGGCCAUGAUGCAGGCAUCUGCACUACAGGCAAGGCAACAGUCCAAAGAGAAGGAAGUAGAGUCUUUAAGGAGACAAAUAAUGGACUAUCAGUCACAGUCAGAUGAGAAGGCCCUUAUUGCAAAGCUCCACCAGCACAUUGUAGCUCUGCAGCGCAGCGAGUCAGCUGCGUUGGCGAAGCUGGAGGCCACCACCUCUCACAUCCAACAGCUAGAAGCCGACAAGCUACGUGCUGAACAGCGGCUGGACGCCAGUGAGUGCACUCUGUUCCUCGCCCGCCAGGAAGGCAGAAAUCGCGCCAAACACCUACGGCAGACCAUUCAGUCACUACGUAGGCAGUUUGCCGGAGCUCUGCCUCUUCCCCAGCAGGAAAAAUUCUCUGUGGCAAUAGCAAGCCUUCAGGAGGACAGAGCAAAGGCCCAGGAGGAGAAGAGGAAGGCUGAGGAGGAGAGGAGGAGGGCAGAGGCUAGGACAGAGGAGCUGGAACUGAGACUUCGUGGCCUGGAGGAGCUCAUCUCAACACUGAAGGAUGUGAAAGGAGCGCAGAAGGUGACUGAGUGGCACAAGAAGAUGGAAGAAGCUCGUCUGCAGGAGCUGAGAAAGGGCAGAGAGCUGGUGGUCCAGAAGGAGGAGAUCAGGUACCUGAAAAACCUGGUGAAAGAGCAGGAACGAAGCAUCCGCUCGCUUGAAGAGGACAUUGUGCAGCAAAACACGAUUCAAGAUGAACACCAGCUUGCAUGGGAUCAGCGAGAGGUGGAGCUGGAGCGCCAACUGGACCAGUACGAGAAGCACCAGAAUGAAAUUCUAAAUGGUGCUGAGAAGUAUGAUAGUACAGGAUCCCUUCCAGACCCAAGUCUACCUCUUGCUCAUCAGUUAGAGUUUGCCUUGGGUAAAAUCAGACAGCAUGCCCGCACCAUCUUGGACACUCAGGCCACCUGCAAAAGUUUGGAUGAGAGGUUAAAAGAGAAAGAGGCAGCUCUGUGGAAGGCGGAGCAGAACAUCGUGUCCAGGGAUAAAGUGAUCAAUGAGCUGCGUCUUCGGCUCCCAGCUGCUGCCAACAGAGAACGCCUGCUAGCAGACGUGGCCAAGCAUGAAGAAGGCCAAUCAGACAGCCAGCCUGCCCUCAAGCUGGCUCACCAGACAAUCAAAGACCUCCAGGGUCGACUUGACAAAAAAGAAGAUGUGCUGAAGAAAUACCAGAACCAGUUGACUCAAGCCAGACAGGAUCAAGAGGACAUGAUAAAGAGACACCAGGAGGAGCUGAAAGUGCUGCAUCAGAAAUUGGACUUGCACACAGACACUUCUCUGGACCGCUUUAAACAGACAGCAAUGGAACUGAUGAAGAAGCCCACCAUCAGGGUUCCAACCACCAAACAUCUGGAGCGUCUUGCUGAGUUGGAGCAGACUGUGGCUGAACAGGACCUCUCGCUCUCCUCCCUCACAGAGAAGCUGAAUCUGACCAUGACUGAGCUGGAGAGACAGAGGAUCGCCAUGGAAACACAGGCUAAGAAACACACCAACGAGAUUUCAAAGUUGGAGGAGUAUCAUGCUGCCCAGGUGAAAUCUCUGACUGCUGAGACAGAGAAUCAGAGCAGCCAGAUGGCCCAGAUGGAGAAGGAGAUGAACUACCUCCAAACUGAGCUGGCAGCCCAGAAGGAAUCCAACGUCCGCUCCCCGAGCAACACCAUGAAGAAUCUGGUUGAACGACUGAAAGCACAGCUCACCCAGAAAGAGAAACAGCUCAAGGCUCUCAGUAAGGCUCUGCUGGAGCUGCGGGCAGAGAUGACGUCUGCUGCAGAGCAGCAAGUCAUAGCCAGCGCUGCACAAAAAGAGGAGAGUCUCAAUGUACAGAUGGUGGUUGACAGACACACCAAAGACCUGAAGGCGCGUGUGCAAGAACUCAAUGAAGAACUUCAAGCUGCAAAGGAGUCUGCUAAAGCAGCCAGAGGCCGGGAGAACACCCUGAAAGAGGAAGUGGACAGCCUGAACCAGGACCUCCAGAGGAGUCAAAAAACCCAGAGACGCCUGCAGGCUGAAAAGGAGGAGAGAGAGCAGGAAGUCCAGGAGCUGAAGCAGGAAGUCAAGAGGCUCAGCAGUGCCCUUCAGAAUCAACCAGAACCAGAUGGGAAGGGGCCGAGUGUCGAGAAUCUGCAGAAGAAGAUCAGGAGGCUGGAGUGUGACUUGGAGAAAAGAACAGAAGUGAAAAAUGUUAAAGAUGAUCAUGGAAAGACCAGAGAUGAAGUUGUGCGUUGGGAGGAGGGUAAGAAGUGGCAGGCCAAGAUGGAAAAGAUGAAGAAUUCACUAAAGGAGAAGGAACGAGAAAAUGAGUCUCUGUCGAAACAGCUCAGCACACUUAAAGAUCUCUAUGCCAGACUGGAGCAGGAGAGGAGUGCACUGCAGAAGAAGCUGAAGGCUCGAGGUGUGACUGCUGAUCAAGUGUUUGGAGUGCGAUCCACUGAAAUGGAGAAAGAGAUGGAGGAGCUGAAGAGGAAGAACUCAGACCUGGAGUUACAGAUCUUCACCAUGAAACAGUACCAGGCUUUACCUCGUGAUGAGGCCAUGGAAACGCUGACCACGAGGAACCGCUACCUGGAGGAGAGACUCCACUGCUUGGAGAACCAGAUACUUCCAUCGAGACCCUCUACUUCAGGACGAGGCACUGGCACUCCCUCACAGAGAGACCAGGACCUCCAAAAAGAAAACCUCAAGCUGGCCUCUGAGAACCUGGAGCAGCGCUUUCAGCUGGAGCAGACCAGCAAAGAUCUGCCAAAACUCAAGAAUCAAGUUGCAGACCUGAAGGAGAUGUGCAGCGUGUUGAAGAAGGAAAAGGCAGAGCUGGAGAAAAAGUUGGCACAUAUACGUGGAGCAGGUCACAGUGGUAAAACAGUACCUGAACUCGAGAAGACCAUUGGGUUGAUGAAGAAAGUGGUGGAGAGGGUGCAGAGGGAAAAUGAGGCACUGAAGAAAUCCAGCGCACCUGUCAAUCGAGACAAGAUAUCUGCCUUGGAGCAAGAAAAUGCAAAAAUAAAGACUGACUAUGAGAAACUGAAGAGUGAAAAUGAAGCAGAGCUGAGCUCCAAACUUGAAACUAAAACUAAAGGACUGGAGAAAAUAGUCAUGGAAAAUGAACGUCUGCGCAAGGAGAUCAAAAGGGAAGUGGAAGCCGCAGAAAGGCUGCGAGUGACCAAGACGAGUCUGGAGGUGACCAACGAGAAGCUUGAGGCAGAGCUGGAAGAGACCAAGCAAAAACUGCUGGCAGCUCUAUCCAGACCCAUCACUGAAGGAGCAGACAGCAAGACCUGGAAGGCUUCAGUGGUGACAAGAAUGUUCGAGAACAAAAUGAAGGAGCUGGAGAAGGAAGUGUCCCAGAAGACCUUGAGGGUGUCUGAGCUCAAACAACAGCUGAAGGACGUGAACGAGCGGGAGGAGAAAUCUCAGAUAAGCUUCCGGCAGCUUGAAGAUCAGGUUGACAUGCUGAAAAGAUUUCCAACCACAGCAAAGACUGGAGAAGGACCCACCAAAGAGUUCCAAGCACUGAGAUUAAUGAUCAGUGAGCUGGAGAAGGAGAACAGAGAACUUAAACAAAGGCUGACCGAGUACAGCGAGCGAUACGGUGAAACAUCCUCUAAACAAGAUCACGGGAAGCUCAAAAAUCGUCUGGAGGCAGCCGAGACGGAGAAAACCAAACUUCAAACUGAGGUUAAGAAGCUGAAGAAAGAACUGGAGAGCUUUGACCCGACAUUUUUUGAAGAGAUCGAAGAUUUAAAGUAUAACUACAAUGUAGAGGUGAAGAAGAACAUUCUGCUGGAAGAGCAGCUGAAGAAGGUGUGCCAUCAGUUUGGCGUAAAGGCUGAACUGCCAAAUGUGUCCAUCAGUUAACUCAGGGUUACUGUGCCUUUAGAACUGUUCACACCUGAAUGUACUUUCACACGCCUCCGUCUUUAAAACAUUAUCACACAUUAUUCAGGCAAUAUUUUAUGUAGAUCUAUGGGUCUGGGUAUUACGGAGCCCCUAAAGGGACAUGGUGAAAGAAAAAAAAGGGACAUGGUGAAAGA